AUGCGGUCUUCACUGCUGACCAUCUGUGCCCUGCUCUUCGUGCUCGCCUUUGCACUCACUGUGUCUGCAAUGCCGACCGAGCUGGAGGAGCGUCGACCAGGUCCGCCGGGCUUUGGAUCACCUCGGCCUCCGCCUCCCCCUGGCUUCGGACGACCUGGUGUUGUGGGAGGUAGGGCAGGCGGCGUUGCAACUCAGGAAAAAUCGGGUGCACUCAUUACGCCUUUCGGUGUAGCAGUCGGUCAAGAAAGUUCGACCGUGGUGGCAGGUGGCAGAGGGGGUGCUGUUCGUCCACCAGGAUUCUUCUGAGCUCGCUGGCGAGCUCUAGUUGUGUAUCGGCAGCAAGCAUGCAAUGUACAAAUCUAAUCUUCUGUCCCAUCCAAUAGGGACGCCAUCUCGAGCGUCAGGCGGAACAUAUAAGCUGCCAUGUCGACUCUUCUGAAGAAAUCCCUUGCCCAGGUCCGCCCGUUGUCCGCUAGCUGACGCGCCAUGGCUUCGUGUUCGCCAACGCCUUCGUCGUUGCCUCUGAAGAAGGCCAUGA